GUGGCCUGAGCUCUGCCAAAGUCCGAGGUCGCGGGUUCGAGUCCCGGCUCCGACCAUGGCGGCCCCGGCGCGGCGGGCGGUGCUGUUCGACCUUGGCGGCGUUUUGCUCACGCCGGGCCUUCAGCACUUCCUGAGCUCCUGCGAGAGCGAAUGGGCCUUGCCCAGGAAUUUCCUGCGGGACGCGCUGUUCUCCGGCGGAUCCCAGAGCCCGUAUUCCCGAGCCUCGCGCGGACACAUCACCCUCAGCCAGCUGCUCUCGGAGCUGGAUUCCGGCUGCCGCCGUCGCGCCCUUUCCUUGGGAAUCGCCAUUCCCGAGGGAUUUUCCGCCUCCCGGCCCUUCCAGGAGCUCCGGGAGCGGGCGCGGAUCCAGGGCCGGAUGCUGCGGGCGGCCGGGAUCCUGCGCAGGAACGGAUUCCGGACGUGCAUCCUCACCAAUUCCUUCCUGGACGACUCCGGCUCCGGGAAUUUCCCGCCGGCCGCGCUCCGGCGGCGCCUCCGGAGCCAAUUCCAGCCGCUGCUGGAAUCCUGCCGGAUCGGGAUGAGCAAACCGGAUCCCGGGAUUUACCGCCACGCCCUGGAGCAGCUGCAGGCACAGCCACAGGAGGUGAUUUUCCUGGAUGAACUGGAGGAAAACCUGGAGCCGGCGCGGGAAUUGGGAAUGGCCACGAUCCUGGUCCGGGACACGGAAUCCGCUCUCCGGGAUCUGCAGGAGCUCUCCGGGAUCCAGCUCCUGGGCCCAGAGGAGCCGCUGCCGACCCCCUGCGCUCCGGGUGACGUCGCCCACGGAUACGUCUCCAUCCGGCCGGGAGUUCGUCUGCACUUUGCGGAGCUGGGCCAGGGCCCCGUGAUCUGCCUGUGCCACGGAUUCCCGGAAUCCUGGCUCUCCUGGCGCUUCCAGAUCCCGGCCUUGGCCGACGCCGGAUUCCGGGUGAUCGCCCUGGAAAUGAAGGGAUACGGAGAAUCCACGGCUCCGCCGGAUAUCCCGGAAUAUUCCCAGGAGCAGAUCUGCAAGGAUUUUGUGACUUUCCUGGAUAAACUGGGAAUUCCGCGGGUGAUCCUGGUUGGGCACGACUGGGGCGGCGCCGUGGCCUGGAACAUGGCUCUGUUCUACCCAGAGAGGCUCCGAGCCGUGGCCUCGCUGAACACUCCGUACCGCCCGGCCGAUCCCAGCGUGGAUAUCAUGGAAAAGUUGGAAUCUCAUCCUGCCUUCGAUUACCAGUUCUACUUCCAGGAGCCGGGAGUGGCGGAAGCGGAGCUGGAAAAGGACGUGGGAAGGACCCUGAAGAUCCUGAUCCGCUCCUCGAGCCGGGAGGAUCGCCUGCCCGGAGGCCUCGACAUGAGCAGGGUCCGCGAGAAAGGGGGGCUCCUGGUGGGAUUCCCGGAAAACCCCCCCGGCAGCCGCCUGCUGCCCCCUCCGGAGCUGGAAUAUUACAUCCAACAAUUCCGGAAAUCCGGAUUCAGGGGUGCCCUGAACUGGUACCGGAACAUCAGAGCCAACUGGGAAUGGGCCCUGCGCGCCCGACACCGCAAGCCGUCUCUCCCGGCGCUGUUGGUGACGGCCGGGAAGGAUCCGGUGCUGGCGCCCGCCCUGAGCCACGGCAUGGAGAGAUGGGUGCCGCGGCUGCAGUGGAGGCACAUCCAGGACUGCGGCCACUGGACCCAGCUGGAAAGGCCGGCCGAGGUGAACCGGAUCCUUCUGGAAUGGCUGGAGCAGCUCCCCCCGGAUCCUCCUUUUCCCGGGAAUUCCAAGCUUUGAGCGGGAAUUUUCCCCUUUGGAAUUUCCUUUGGAAUUUUCCCCCUUUGGAAUUUUUCCCUUUGGAAUUUUUUUCCCUUUGGAAU